GGGCACUGGAGACCGUGAGAUCUCGGGCCUCAGCACCAUGGAAACGCUUGGUGGGGCUAGGGUGGCAAUGGCCGCUCGGUCUGCCUUAACCGCUAAGACUCUGACUUCUUUCCUUAUCUUGGUCGUCCCUCGCGCCGCACAGGCUCUCACCUUCUCCUUACCUUUCCGGCAGCCGGAGACAUGCAGCCACAACCAGUACUUCGAUAUCUCGGCGCUGUCCUGUGUCUCGUGUGGAGCCAACCAGAAGCAGGAUGCUGGAGGCACCUCAUGUGUAUGUUUACCCGGAUUUCAGAUGAUUUCUAAUACUGGAGGACCUGCCAUUACUUGUAAAAAGUGUCCAGAAAACAUGAAAGGUGUGACGGAAGAUGGCUGGAGCUGCAUCUCUUGCCCUCAGGGCUUAACUGCAGAAGGAAAAUGCCACUGUCCCGCUGGCCACAUUUUAGUGGAAAGAGGCAUUAAUGGAUCGUUGUUAUCUCAAGCAACUUGUGAGCUUUGUGAUGGAAGUGAAAACUCUUUUACAACGGCCAACGCUUUAGGAAAUGUAUGUGUCCGAUGUGAACCAACAUUCAUUAAUGCCACUAGGUCCUGCGAAUGCUCAGAACCUCACAUUCUAACAGGGGGAUUAUGUUUCAGCGGCUCAGGGAGUUUCCCUCCACAUGUAAUUUCAGCCGCACGCCAGGGAGAGCCUGGCAUGUCUUUCACUUCCGAAUGGUUUGCAAAGUAUUUGCAGUCAGCAGCAGCUGCAUGUUGGAUGUAUGCCAACCUAACAGCUUGCCAAGCUCUUGGUAAUAUGUGUGUGAUGAACAUGAAUUCUUAUGACUCUGCCCUUGUUGAUGCGUGUCGACUGUUUCAGUUUAUCUUUGAAAAUACUGCUGGGCUGAGCACCGUGCAUUCCAUUUCAUUUUGGAGACAGAAUCUUCCAUGGCUGUUUUAUGGAGACCAGUCAGGACUGGCACCUCAAAUACUCAGUAGUACACCUCUUCCUACAAAUUUCAGUUUUAAAGGACAAAACCAGAAUAUGAAACUGACGUUUGUUGCUGCUUCCUAUGAUAUAAGAGGAAAUUUUCUUAAGUGGCAGACUUUAGAAGGAGGUGUUCUACAGCUUUGUCCAGACACAGAAGCAAGACUAAAUGCUGCUUAUUCUUUUGGAACAACCUAUCAACAGAAUUGUGAGAUUUCUCUUUCCAAGAUCCUAACUGACUUUCCCACUCCCAUAUUUUAUGAUGUUUACCUUGAAUAUACUGAUGCAAAUCAACAACAAAAUAUUUGGGCUGUACCUGUGUUAAACUUAAAUCUUCAACACUACAAAAUGUUUGUGAAUCAAGACAGUAGCUCCGCCAAGUGGCUUCUGACUCGGCGCAUUUUCUUAGUGGAUGCAGUAAGCGGACGAGAAAAUGACUUAGGAAACCAGCCGAAAGUAAUUCGAAUUGCUACCCAAAUAUCACUGAGCAUCCACCUCGUACCUGACACAAAAAGUGGGAACAUAUACCCUCCCUUAAUCACAAUUGCCUACAGUGAUAUUGAUGUCAAAGAUCCCUAUAGCCAGUCUGUAAAGGUUUCUUUCUCAGUCAAAUAUGAAAUGAAUCAAGGAGAAGCAUUUGUCCAGACAGAUAUUGCUCUGGGUGUGUUGGGAGGGCUUGCUGUUUUAUCAUCUCUUUUGAAGACAGCAGGGUGGAAGAGGCGCAUUGGGAGUCCCAUGAUUGAUCUGCAGACAGUUAUGAAAUUCUUGGUGUUCUAUGCUGGUGAUCUGGCCAAUGUCUUUUUUAUCAUCACAAUGGGAACAGGUCUUUAUUGGCUUAUUUUCUUCAAAGCGCAGAAGUCUGUCUCUGUUUUGCUGCCAGUGCCAGCUCAGGAAGAACGCUUCGUGACUUACGUGGGAUGUGCUUUUGCUCUGAAAGCUCUGCAGUUUUUGCAUAAACUCAUAUCCCAGAUGACAAUAGAUAUAUUCUUCAUUGAUUGGGAGCGGCCUAAAGGAAAAGUUCUUAAAGCUGUUGAAGGUGAGGGUGGUGUGCGGAGUGCCACUGUUCCCGUAAGCAUUUGGAGGACAUAUUUUGUGGCAAAUGAAUGGAAUGAGAUUCAGACUGUGAGAAAAAUUAAUCCACUUUUUCAAGUAUUUACUGUUCUCUUCUUUUUGGAGAUUGUGGGAUUCAAGAACUUAGCGUUAAUGGACUCAUCCUCUAGUCUUUCUAGAAGCCCGUCUAGCUACGUGCCUCCUCACAGCCGCAUACUGAGGUAUGCUGUAUCUGCCGCUCUUUGGCUAGUCAUUGGAGUUGCACAGAUCAUGUUCUUUGCUGGCUUUUAUGAGAGAUUCAUAGAGGAUAAAAUUCGACAGUUUGUUGAUUUAUGUUCAGUGAGUAACAUAUCAGUGUUUUUGUUAUCCCACAAAUGUUUUGGAUAUUACAUUCAUGGCAGAUCAAUACAUGGGCAUGCCGAUACUAAUAUGGAAGAAAUGAAUAUGAAUCUUAAAAGAGAAGCGGAAAAUUUGUGUAGCCAAAGAGGUUUGGUACCCAACACAGACGGCCAGACUUUUCAAAUCGCAGUUUCCAGCCAAAUGAGACAGCACUAUGACAGGAUUCACGAGACACUAACAAGGAAAAAUGGCCCUGCUAGACUACUGAGUUCAUCAGCAAGUACCUUUGAGCAGAGUAUAAAAGCGUAUCAUGCGAUGAAUAAAUUUCUUGGCUCUUUCAUCGAUCACGUUCAUAAGGAAAUGGAUUACUUCAUAAAAGAUAAGUUGCUUCUUGAAAGAAUUCUUGGGAUGGAAUUCAUGGAACCAAUGGAAAAAAGCAUCUUCUAUAAUGAUGAAAGUUACUCUUUCAGCAGCGUGCUGUACUAUGGAAAUGAGGCCACUCUUCUUAUUUUCGACCUGUUGUUCUUCUCUGUCGUGGAUUUGGCUUGCCAGAACUUCGUGUUAGCAGCCUUCCUCACGUACCUGCAACAAGAGAUUUUUAGAUUUAUCCGUAAUGCAGUCGGACAAAAGAAUUUGGCAAGCAAAACACUGGUGGAUCAAAGAUUUCUGAUUUAAUUUACUGAUUAGAUAACUAAAGGAUUUCAGACAGUCAAGGCAAAAAGGUCAUGCUACAGGUUUGCCAUAUUUUUAAAAACUUGUAAUGCACAUUACUCUGUUUUUGUUUUUGCUUUUUACCAACAGAAAUAUUUAUUUUUAUAACUUGUGAAAAUAUUUAAUAUAGUAGAAAAUGUUGUCUUCCCAUUGUAUAUCGUUCUUAAUUUACUGAUAAACACUGAUGACCUAGAAAAAUAUCUAAAUAUUCCUUUCAACAUAACAUUUUUUAAUGAUAAUCAAAAUAGUUGCCAUCUAUGGAUCAUUUCAUAAACUGUCAUUUGCCUACAUUUUUUCACAUUAAUUUCAAACUUAUGCCAAGUUUAAGACUAGUUUUCAGUUCAGCAUUUGUUUUUACAUUUAUGAUUAAAUAAAUUUUAAGUACUUUCAUGUUUCCUUAGAAAUUAUGACUUGUAUUACUGCUGACUCGCUUUGCCUUUCCGUAAUUGCUGACCGUGUUUGACAGUAGACGUCUUCUGAAGUGGUACAGAUGUAUUCCCUCACACACCUGUAUUACUGCGUCACUGCCCUCCUUCAAGGGGGUGACAUUUCUAACGUGGUUUACACUUACUGUGUUACAAUGUGUGACAUUUCUCCCACUAUAGUUUUUAUACAUUGUAAUUACUUAAUAUUUUUUGUUUUUCAACUCUUUUUUGUUCUAUUAUGUUUAAAGAUUGCAAAUAACAGGGUGUAAAAAUAUAUCAUGUUCUAUUUGAAGCAAAGUGAGCCUUCAUAAAUCAGUAGGGUUUUCUUUUUUAUAGUAUAUGUUUGCAAUACAUAAGAAUUUCAUUCAUUGUGGGGAAUUAGUACA